AUGAGUUCAGACUCUACUUCCUCAGAAAGUGAUUGCAUUGAUAUCACUGCCGAAUUUCUUCAAGCGGCUAAGAACAUCCCCAAUGGCCAGGUUGUUAAAAGUGAUUUAUUUUCAUUGCUUGAAGGAACGAGAGGAUUGGAAAUUUUGAAUUUAAAACUUGACACAACAUUAAUCAAGUUAUCUAAAGAGGAAGAAAAUUUUAAUACUGAGUUACCUUUAAAUUUAGACUAUACUUUAUCAAUUUGUGAUAAGUUGUUAAGACACGUAUUUCUUUGGCUAAAUAAUAGUACAUUAACUUCGACGGUCUUAUCCUGUCGUUAUAUGGAAAAUUUAUUGGUUAAUUAUUCUAAAAAUGUUUUAUUUGGUAUAAAUGUUUGUAAUUUUUUUGAUCCCGCAGAUGAUGAGAUCAACAUUAUUAUUGAAAAACAGCAAAACAUUUCCCAAAUUGCGAGAAAAUUGAAGGAUUAUAAUUUUCAAUUAAAAAAUAGAGAAAAUAGAGAAAAUAGUGAAAGUGAAUUAAUGAAAGAAAUGAAUGAGAAUCAAAAUUUAGUUUUGGUGCAUAAAAUUUUAAGAUCAUUUUUUUUAGGGAUUUGUCAUUUUAUUUUAUUUUCUUUAACAUUAUCCCAUACCGGGUUAUUAUUGGAAGAAGAAGAUAUUAAUACGCAAUCAAUGGAUUUAACAUUUUUGGAUUAUGUUGAUUUAAAAUUAAUUUUGAAGGAAAUUUCAAGUUCAAUUGAUUGGUUAGAAAAUGAAUUUAAUUAUGAGAUGUCAUCCGAAAUUGAUAAGAUUGAAAAUGUUGAAUUGAAAUAA